AUGUCUAACUCAAGUUGUUUAAAUGAAACUGGACGGCCAAACAUUUUAUCAUUUGAUCCAAAGUUAUUUACUUUGGUAAAGAAUUUAUCAAUUGAAGAAAAAAUGUCUUUAAUUCGUAAACCAUUUCAGCCUGAGAAGCAUGAACUUCCUGGUGGAAAUUUUCCUCAGGAACAUGGACAUCGUUUUAAUAGUAACCAGUAUUAUAAAUCUUUGCCAAAUGGUGGUCGUCUUUGGAGAGGUUGGUUGAGCUAUUCUCUGAGUAGUAAACGAUUUUAUUGUUUACACUGCAUGUUCUUUGGGAAAAAUGCUCAGAAAUCUUGGAUUUAUGAUGGAUUUCAUGCUUGGCAACGUCUUACGGAUAUAAGUGUACAUGAAAAAACAGAAGUUCAUAUCAAUGCUUCAAUUGUUGUGAAAAUGAAAUGUUCAUCAAUGGCUGUUCUUCCACAAAUGUAUGCAAGUAAAAGAAAUCAAGUAGCAGAAAAUCGUGAAAUAGUUCAUAUUUUAAUUGAUAUAACACUGUUUCUUGGACAACAUUCUUUACCAUUUAGGGGUCAUCGAGAAGCUUGGGCUGUUUAUAUAGACCGUCUUCAAAUACAUGGAAGAAAUCAAAUUAACUUCAUCUCAUGGCAGAGACAGAAUCAAUUGAUAAAUUCUGUUUCAAAAUGUAUAAAAAUAUCUAUAAAAAAAGAGUUAGAUCAUAACAAAUUUUUUAGUGUUUCAAUUGAUACUACGUUUGAUAGCUCUAGAAGAGAACAACUGGCAUUUAUAAUUCGUUAUGUUUGUAUAUUUGAACGUUCUCCGGUUAUACGAGAACGUUUAUUAGGACUUAAAGAAACAUCUACUACCACCGGUCGACAAUUAUUUUCCGUGUUCCAAGAUAUAUGCAUGGAGAAUGAUUUGGAUUGA